AUGAAACCAAAAUACAAAACCAUCUUCAUAUCAAGACAAACUGUCAAUCGUAUAACUAAAUCGAAUCAACAACAACAAACUACGAAUGAUCAAAAGCUAAGCACCAGUCAUGAUAUUGCAACAAAUGAAUCAAUACUACAACCACAAUAA